AUAUCCUGCCAUAUCUUGCCAUCUGCCGCAUUAAGUGCACACAAUCUCGAGCUAUAUCAUCACCGGCUAAAUUAAUGUUUGCAUCAGUAGCACUUGUCAGUAUAAACGUAACCACCCCACAUGCCCGUAUACGCAUCCUCCCCCUGCCCAUACACACCACUUUGAGAGUUCAGGGUAGUGGACUAGUGGGGCACGUCAAACUGCCAAUCUGCCCAUACACCCGUUCGUCAUACUACUACUUUUCUUCAUAAACUAAGGUAGGAUUUAGGAAGAGGAUAUCAUCAUCUUCUCGUCGUUUUUCUUUCUAGGCUGGGGAGGGCAGGAGUAAAGUGGACUCCUUUCUUUCUUGCCUUGUUUGGUUGGUACGCGCAUUAUUGCUAAGCUAAGCUCCACCGCUUCCAGUUCCUGCCAGGCGUGGCCGGCGCCAGCGGAUUUUAGCGGCAACGUUUCGCUCCGGCUAUUAGGUUAGCUGAGCUCUCUCGCAGAGAUGGCGCUGAGGCUGGUGCUGGCGCUCGCGUUGGUCGGGUGCGCUGCCGCUGCCGCGGCAGGGCGCGUCGACCUGUGGCCAAUGCCGGCGUCGGUGAGCAGCGGGGCCAAGACGCUCUACGUCGCCAAGGACCUCAAGCUGUCGGCGACGGGGAGCAAGUACGCCGACGGGAAGGCCAUCCUGGCGGAAGCCUUCAAGAGGAUGGUGGCCGUCGUCCAGAUGGACCAUGCCGUCAAUGGCAGUUACCGCGGGCUCCCCGUGCUUGCCGGUGUCAAUGUAGUUGUCCGUUCCCCGGAUGAUGAGCUCAAAUUCGGGGUGGAUGAAUCGUACAAGCUGUCGGUGCCUGCAACUGGGAACCCGAUGUAUGCCCAGAUUGAGGCACAAACAGUUUUCGGAGCGCUUCAUGCUUUGGAGACAUUUAGCCAACUGUGUUACUUUGAUUUUGUUUUGAGGGUAACUGGACUUCAUUCGGCUCCUUGGACAAUCAUGGACAUGUCAAGAUUUCCUUAUCGAGGGCUUCUUAUUGAUACUGCAAGGCAUUAUCUCCCUGUCCCAGUAAUCAAAAGUGUAAUAGAUUCAAUGACCUACAGCAAGUUGAAUGUUCUUCAUUGGCAUAUCGUGGACGAGCAGUCAUUUCCUCUUGAAAUACCGUCAUACCCAAAACUAUCAAAUGGUGCAUACUCUUAUUCAGAGAAAUAUACAAUCAAUGAUGCGCUCGAUAUCGUACAAUAUGCUGAAAAACGAGGUGUGAAUGUCUUGGCUGAGAUUGAUGUCCCUGGCCAUGCUCGCUCAUGGGGUGUUGGGUAUCCUUCAUUGUGGCCAUCAGCUAGCUGCCAACAACCGCUUGAUGUCAGCAACAACUUUACUUUUAAAGUGAUCGAUGGAAUUCUGUCAGAUUUUAGCAAGGUUUUUAAGUUCAAGUUUGUCCAUUUGGGAGGUGACGAAGUCAAUACAAGUUGUUGGACUACAACGCCACGCAUUAAAUCAUGGUUGGUUCAACAUGGUAUGAAUGAGUCUGAUGCUUACAGAUAUUUUGUACUAAGAGCCCAAAAGAUAGCAAUUUCACAUGGCUACGACAUUAUUAACUGGGAAGAAACGUUCAACAACUUUGGAGACAAGUUGGACCGCAAAACUGUGGUGCAUAACUGGCUUGGAGGUGGAGUUGCAGAGAAAGUGGUUUCUGCUGGUCUGAGAUGCAUUGUAAGCAACCAGGAUAAGUGGUACCUAGAUCAUUUGGAUGCUACAUGGGAAGGAUUUUACAUGAAUGAACCAUUGACGAAUAUCUACAACCCAGAACAACAGAAGUUGAUUCUUGGUGGUGAGGUAUGCAUGUGGGGUGAGCGCAUAGAUGCAUCUGACAUUCAGCAAACCAUUUGGCCACGUGCUGCGGCAGCUGCAGAGCGGCUGUGGACUCCUGUUGAGAAGCUCGCAAAGGGCGCCACAGUGGUAACUGCAAGAUUGGCACGCUUCAGGUGUUUACUGAAUGAAAGAGGGGUCGCUGCUGCACCCCUAGCUGGAUAUGGCCGCACAGCGCCAUUGGAGCCAGGAUCCUGUAUAAGGCAGUAGGAUAUUCAUAACGGGUAAAUAUCAUUCAUACAGGAAUAAACAUCAAUUCAGGCAUCCAUUUUGCUGUUUGGGGCAAUUGAAAAGCUCAUAGAAAUGUAAUCCGGGACGUCCUGCAGUAUAGUGCAUUCCCCUUAUUCGUGGCAAUUGUAACCAGUCUGUGAUAUGGGCCGCUGUUUUCUGGUCUACAAUUUCAAGCACUUGAGAGAAUGAGAAAAUUCCACCAAUAGCGAUAACUGGCGA